CAGACAUAUAGAGUUAUCGGAUAUGAAAACGCCCAAUUUCAUUUGAAACACUCUACACACAUUACAGCUGUGAGUGUACUUGGAAACAGUUGCUUCUGAUUGGACCAUUCGAAGUCCUUGCCGGGUUUCUCUCUCAGCACCCAUGAGCUCGAGUGAACAAUCCACGUCCUGCUGUCUUCCGCUAAGCAGGGAAUAUUUGUCAGAUGUCAUCAUGUACAGGCUCAUCGCAUAUUGUCUCAUAUGUUUUGUAAUGAUUCCACCGUCGGGGGGUCAGUUGACGGCGCGUUUGGCUAACGGGACAUCGACGGCAGGACGCCUGGAGGUGUUGUACAACGGGCAAUGGGGUACAGUGUGUGACGAUGGAUUUGAUGAAAACGACGCUCGGGUGGCCUGUAGGAUGCUGGGAUUUUACAGUCCCGAAGUAUUAGCUGUGCAAUCUCCGGUAUUUGGAGCAGGUUCAGGAAACAUUUCACUCGACGACCUGGCGUGUAGGGGUACAGAAACCAGUCUGGCACAGUGUGGCCACAGUGGGUACUAUUCUCACAACUGUGGGCACUCAGAAGAUGUUGGUGUCGUCUGCAAUGUUUUAUCUAAUCAACUUCGUCUAGCGGGUACUCGGCGCACAAGAUGGGAUAUGGGUCGUGUUGAAAUGUUAUUUGGGGCUGAAUGGACCGCUCCUUGUGUUAGUGGUUUGAGCAGCAGCCUUGCAAAGGUCCUGUGCAGGCAGAUGAAUUAUCCCUCAAAAGCAGCAACUGCUGUGGAGUCAUCAUCCUUUGGACCGAGGACAGGACGAUUCCUUGUCGCUGGUAUUGUGUGCAGGGGCAUGGAGUCCAACAUACUGGACUGUAUCCAGACAUUUACUGGUUUCAGUGAUACCUGCUCUUCACCUGAGCUUGGAGUAAUCUGCAGUGAUUUAAGCUCCUCUCUGUUCAUCGUUGUGGAGACAAGCUCUACCAGCCCUGCCUACCCACUGAUGGAGGGAACCAAAGUUACACUGAAAUGUGUCUCCUCACAGCGAGGUCUGUCACAUCUGAACUUCUCUUGGCCAGAGACUGCAGGUGGCCGUCCUUCUGGUGAAUACCUCAUCUUUGACAACCUGACCAGAUCACACAAUGGAGGCAGAGUGAGGUGUAUGGCCAGCUAUGGACAGCCUCCGAGAAUGCAAAUUGUGACCAGUGACACACUGGCAAUGGAUGUUUAUUCAGUCCAGCUGACAGCGCGUUUGGCUAACGGGACGUGGUGGGCGGGACGCCUGGAGGUGUUGUACGACGGGCGAUGGAAUACAGUGUGUGACGAUGACUUUGAUAAAAACGACGCUCGGGUGGCCUGUAGGAUGCUGGGAUUUGACAGUCCCGAAGCACUAUUUGUGGGCUCUGAGAUGUACGGGGCAGGUUCAGGAAACAUUUUGCUGGACGACUUGGCGUGUACGGGUACAGAAACUAGUUUGGCACAGUGUACCCACCAAGGGUACAAUAACCACAACUGUAACCAUAGAAAAGAUGUCGGUGUCGUCUGCACUGUCCUUUCCAGUCAACUUCGUCUAGCGGGUACUCGGCGCACAAGACAGGAUAUAGGUCGUGUGGAAAUAUUAUUUGGGGCUGCAUGGACUACUCCUUGUGUCGGUACCUUCAGCAGUAGCCUUGCAAAAGUCCUUUGCAGACAGAUGAAUUUUCCCUCAAAAGCAGCAACUGCUGUGGAGCCAUCAUCCUUUGGACCGAGGACAGGACGUUUCCUUGUCGCUGGUAUUGUGUGCACGGGCAUGGAGUCCAACAUACUGGACUGUUUCCAGACAUUUACUGGCUUCAGUGAUACCUGCUCUUCAUCUGAGCUUGGAGUAAUCUGCAGUGACUCAAGCUCCUCUCUUUUCAUCGUUGUGGAGACAAGCUCUACCAGCACUGCCUACCCACUGAUGGAGGGAACCAAUGUUACACUGAAAUGCGUCUCCUCACAGCGAGGUCUGUCACAUCUGAACUUCUCUUGGCCAGAGACUGCAGGUGGCCGUCCUUCUGGUGAAUACCUCAUCUUUGACAACCUGACCAGAUCACACAAUGGAGGCAGAGUGAGGUGUAUGGCCAGCUAUGGACAGCCUCCGAGAACUCAAAUUGCUACGAGUGACACAUUGGCAAUGGAUGUAUAUUAUCGGCCUGUGAUUAGAAUAAAAUGGGAAGGGAACACGUGUGAACCUCUGGAGUCCAGUCCAAGUCGCUGUGUUGUCAGUCAAUACCAGCAAGUCAUUCUUUACUGUGAGGCUGACAGCAACCCUCCUCCUGCUUCUGUAAGAUGGUCUGGACAGGCUGAGAGUGUCAGCGGACAGUUACAAAUAUCCUCUGCAUACAAGACCGAUCACAAUGGUCUAUACUUCUGUAUUGUGUCUUCUGAGUCAGUGUCCAGUGAUGGCCGUCUGCCUCUAAGUUCAACAUACAGUUUUGAAGUCAUUGUAAAAUACCGAUCCCACGUAUUAAACUUCCAAAUAAACGCUGAAGCCAGAACGGCUGUGACCGUUGCUGAAAACUCUAGCGUGCGCAUGCGCUGUGAAGCUGAGGGGAGGCCAUCACCUCACAUGACGAUUGUCAGUGUUUCCAACAACAAGCAAGAGGUCGCCAGCAGGCCAAGAGGUGCAGUUCAAAGUCCUGAUCAAAGAGGAGAGGUAACAUAUGACUUGACUGCAGCACCUUGCGAGGCGGCAGGUGACUACAGGUGUGAGGUGGACAACGGAGUUGGACAAGAAAGUCGCAACAUUAGGCUUUACGUUGAGUGUGCUCCUAGGAUAAACAAUGGCGAAAGAGAACCAGCAAUUCUAACUUCUGAUGUAAACCAAGGCCUUUUCAGUUUUCAACUGACAGCAUACCCAACACCGAAAGUCAAAAACAUACUCUACCUCGGGCAAUAUACUAACGACAGCACCGAAGGGACAUCAGUCUCGGAUAAAAUUUAUGUCAAUUGUGAGAUGAACAGCUCUUUUCCUGCCUCAGUUAUCUGCAACAUCACCACCAUCAACAUGACAAACGCUGAUGAAGGGUUCUAUAAAGUUAUUUUUAGCAAUGAAUUUGGAGAGCUGCCUGUUAUGUUUUUAGUCAGAAGUAAUGAGGACCGUGGCGUCAACGUAAAAGUCAUCAUUGGUGCAGCUGUUGGGACUGUUGCUGUGCUUGUUGUUGUCAUUAUUGUCACAGUCUGUAUAGCCAGGCAUUGCAGAGUUAAGAAAAGUUUGAGCAGACAUGCAGAGGCUAAUACAAGGCAGGCUCUAGAAACAACAGUGCCUUUGGAGGACAUGAAAUCCAGUGGUGCAACAAAUAAUUAUUAUGGCCAAAAUGCUAGAAGUGAAGUAAUGAAUAUGCCUCAAGAGAAAGACAUUGUGACAGAGGACCUGUAUGUCAACACUGCUGAGCUUGCUCGGGAAGACUACGACUCUGAUCACGAGUACAGCGACGUCGACGACAUUGAUAACUUUUAAAAAUCCAUUUAUAGAGAAAGAAUGCUUUUGAUCAUUCUAGCUUGGCAAAAUUUUAAAAACAGGACGAAUAUACUGUUUAAUAUACAAAAUGAGCUUCCAAAGGACUUAUGCUUACAAAAAAGAUGGAAAUUUAGACAAGGCAUACCUUGUACCGAUACCUAACUUUGACCUCCUCACAGUUUUUUAUUUGUCUGCAUAUUCUUCUCUUCGUUCUUCUAUGUGUUUGUGCUUUGACUAUAAAAAUGUAUUGAUAAUGUAUUUACAUGUUUGUGAAUUAAAAGGGAAUGUGUGGAGGCUUAGAUCAAAACAUAAAGACAUCGACUUUUUCAUUCCUUGCUAAUGUCGUCCACCAUUCUUACUGUACAAAAAUAUUAUAAAUAAAGAAAUCUUAAUACUAUAUAGUCAUUAUGCAAUACAGACAAAGGUAACAGAAGUACUUGCCAUUGAAAAAUACUGCUCGGAUGAUAUUUAAACGGCUCAGAGCUUUGCUAGACGGUACAAGUUGUACAGCUUACUUAUUAAAAGAUUAUUUUAUGUAACAAUAAUUCAAUGGAAAAACGGUCAAUAAACUAUAAAUUAUUGGUUUAGUCACAUGGUUUUGUUUGCAUAUGGUCGUCAUAAGUUACACUUUGUAUCGUCUGCUAGAAGCUAGUAGCUGGAAAAUGGGACGAAGAGGGAGAAGUGGCUGUAGUAGUUUAUGUGGUAUUGGGAUGUGCUUUUCUGACUUAAACUACAAGUCAGAUAAUGGUAGUCGUGUCUUGACAA